GAGUAGGUGAUAUCGUGCGAGCACUCUUUAACUUAUAUGACUACCAUUUGUUAACCUUUUAUAUCUAUAAGAACAAAAUGAAAGAAAAAUGUUAGUCCCUGCCUAUAGUUUAUAUCAAUAUAGGUCUAGUUUCAUGCAUUGCUGUACAAAUCCUUUCAAAUGAACAACUAACGUACAAACAAUGCGCAUCAAAGUCAGAUGCUUCCCUACUACAUCCUUCUUCUUGCCAAUAACACGCCCCAUGUGCCGCCAGAUUUUGUUCUUUCUCUCAGUCCUCCUAGUAGUACUGUUGUUGGUGUUAAUACUCAGCAAAUUUUGGAGAUAUUCAGAAUUUUCAGAAUAUGAGCAUUCUAACGUUUUUUGGCUUUGGAAAGACGUAAUUUUAUCGCCAGCUGAUUCUUUAUGGCUAAAACCAGUUCAUUUGCAGUAUCCUAAAAAUAUACGUUUUGUCAUAAACAAAUCAUUAGAAACUUCAGGUCCGUUGUCUCAUUUAUUACCACUCAGUUCAAUUCCAAAUCUACGACAAUAUAUUUCAAAUAUUAAUAAGGUGCAAUACGUAAAAAACGAAGACCUGUAUGGUCAACUACCAACAAGAGAUAAUUUCAACUCUACAAGAUCCUCUCCUAAACAUGUUAUGAUAAUACAAGUUCAUAAUAGAUCUAUAGAGUUAAGUCUGUUAAUUGAAUCGUUACGACGUACAAAAGGAAUCGAAACAGCCCUUAUUAUUUUUUCACAUGAUUUCUAUUCUGAUGAAUUGAACAAUCUUAUCGGAUCUAUUCGCUUCACUCGUACUGUUCAAAUUUUUUAUCCCCAUUCAAUGCAACUAUUUCCAAACACCUUUCCUGGUACUGAUCCAAGAGAUUGUAAUAGUAGAAUAAAACCCACUGAAGCUAUUAAUAUAGAAUGUUUAAAUGCUCAUUGGCCAGACACAUUUCAGCAUUAUCGUGAAUCACAUUUUACUCAAAUUAAGCAUCAUUGGUUGUGGAAAAUUGAAUUCGUAAUGAAUCAUUUUUAUCCAACAAAAUAUUAUAAGGGUUAUUUCAUCUUAUUAGAAGAAGAUCAUUUUGUUGUAGAAGAUAUUUUAUAUAUGUCGGAAUUUAUUAGUAAAAAUAUUUGGAGUCCUUUAAAAACUGAUGGGAUUAUUGCCUUUGGAUCAUACGAUAAAAAUAACAUGUAUUUAUCCAAUGUGGUUGAACAAACUUACUGGCUUGCGCCGAAACACAAUAUGGGUAUGGCUGUAUCUCGUACUGUAUGGAAAAAUAUUGAACAAUGCUUGAAUUUAUUCUGUCUUUAUGAUGAUUAUAAUUGGGACUGGAGUCUACAGUAUAUUGGUCAAAAUUGUUUCCCAGGCAAACUGAAGGCCUUGACUCUACCUCUUUCUACUCGUGUCUUUCAUUUGGGUGAAUGCCGAGGUAUUCAUCAUCAGAAAAAUAUUUGCUCAACAGAAUCAUUGGCAAUAAAUAUUUUACACAUGUUUAAUGGACCAUUAUUGACCAAAUUAUAUCCGACAUCUCUACAUUUAUCAGAAAAAAUACAUACUGAAAAUCUUAAACAACGAGUUAAUGGUGGUUGGUCUGAUGAACGUGAUCGAAGUCUUUGCCAAAGUCUAUUUUCUAAUAAAUGGAAUAAAUUACUAACUCAAUGGGCUCCUAAAUUGAUAGAAUAUUCACCUAUUUACUAGGAAGAUUUCUUGUACUAUUCAAUUUUGUUUGUUUGUUUUUUGCCGUUUGAUCUUUCACUAUUUUUGUUACUUUUCCACUGUUGCUUGUUGGAAAAUUAAAAAAAAACAAACGAUCUAGAGUCUCACUUUAUUUUUCUCAUAUAAUUAACUGCUGAUAUAUAUAUUUUUUCAAAUCUAUAUCCUUUCUCAUUUAAAUGUUCAACCAUCCUCUACCAGGAAUUUUCUAUUUGAAUAGAUAAAGUUAUACUUUUUUGUUAUCUCUUAAAAUAGUCUGAGGUUUGCUCGACUUAAAUGUCUAUAUAUAAAAGGAUUGAGUUAGUAAUACUCAUAUAUUUAGAUGCCCUUUGUUUGAUUGUUUCUUGUUCUUUUAUAUAUUAUUGUUUCACAACAUGUGCUUGAAUUUCCUAGUUACAAGAUUUUCGUAAUUUAUUUUUUCAAUAACUUUGGUUAUCUUUCCAAUUUGUACUUCACUUAGUGCUCAGAUAAAUUGUGCUAUAUUGGAGUUUCCCGUUUUAUUUUAUAUCUUGAAAGAUAAUAGGAUAGUACCUAAAAAGGAAAUAAACUUGAACGGUAUCAAUUGAUUAAUUAUACUUAUUUUGUUUUGUUCAA